AUGGACUCGCGCUCAGCAUCGCCAACAUCACGGCUACGCCGCCACAUGGAUUUUCUCCCCCGCGUUGAGCUACUACGACCACGGUCAGCAGCCCAUGGCACUCUGACACCUCGCGAGCACUCUGCCCGAGGUUCUGCAAACCCCGUAACAUCAUCUGAAGCGAGAAAAUCACUUGCAGCAGCAUUUGAAGAAUUCCUGGACGAACACGGCUACGGCGGCGAUGCUCUCGAGAAAUGUGGUAUUAUUUUCAUGAAUGAGGCGUCCCCACUUACCUUUGCUCUGGAAGAACUUCGACGGUCAAAGGGUGAGUCCUCGCUCCACGACGUUGGCUCAGCUCUCUCAAAGCAUGCUCAGGACGAUACGGGAAAUGCUGCUCCAAAUGCCAGUGUACACCCAUCGCAUCUCGCUGCCGCUAGCUACACGUACCUCAAUGAUCACGGCGCGUUCGUUUUUCCGAGUGCGGAUCUUCUGUCGUCCUUGAUCGAUGCGUUUCUGCUCCACUUCCUGCCCGUCUAUCCUAUUGUCGAUCCGAAGGACUUUGUGCAACGAUACCAAGAGCAAAAGCUGCCGUGGAUACUGAUGCACGCAGUGUGCUUCAUUGGUGCGACCUUCUGCGACCAAAGCGUGCUUCAUCAAGCGGGAUUUCGACGUCGCUGGCACGCUCGACGUUCUUUCUACGACAAGGCUAAAAUACUGUUCGACACUGGGUACGAGACGAACAAGGUCACAUUGCUCCAAACAGUCCUUAUGCUGACCUUUUGGGGCCCUCAAAUGAGAAGUUACUGGAAUCCAUGCUCUUGGGUCGGAUUUGCGGUUACAAUCGCCGAAUCUCUGGGCAUCAACCAGUCCGUGGCAAUUGAAAGAAUGAAUCCGACCGAUAAGAGUCUCCUCAGGAGACUGUGGUGGAUUCUUGUUCUCCGCGAUGCUUCCUGUGCGUCCUUCCUUGGGCGCCCAUUUCGCAUCAACCUGAGUCAGUGCGACAUGGAGCCGCUCAACAAUGAUGACUUUGCCUCGGAAACUGGAGCGGGAGCGCUCAAUAAAGACUCAUUUUCAUCAACCACUGGAGCAGGAGAGCUCAACUCCCAUUUGCAAGCUCUGUAUCUGAUCAAAGUUGUUGAGCUCUCUAUGCUGCUGAGACAGAUUGUGGCAUAUCGAUCUAACAAGGACAAAAGUGCCGCCGAUACUAGUGAUCUGUUUACGAAGCUACAGAGCUGGAAGGCAGGCCUUCCCGAUGAAUUGAAGUGGCACGGAGUCGGAGCAGGAGGAUCCAGCGUGUUCUCGUCCAGCCUCAAAAUCAUAUUCUAUCAUCACAUCAUCAUGAUCUACUUGGAGCCUUCUGCUAAGCCCGACCAAGCGGGCGAAACCGGAGCAGGAGAAGCCGACCAACAUGCCAUGCAGACAGCGAGAGAUGCAGCAAGUAUCAUCAGUGCUAGUGCGCUGUCCUUGGUCACAAACUCUACACUGAACCGAUUACCGCACGAGGUGUUUACUGCUUUCUCCGUAGCUGGUAUCGUUUUCUAUCGCCAAAUUAUCAGAUCUGACGAAAUGAUGGCAGAAAUCGGAAGAGCAACGCUGGACAACUGCCGCAUGAUCAUCUCGGAAGCACGCGAUCAGUGGGAUGCUGGGCCAUGGAUGCUUCGUGUCUUUGAUUUUUUGCUGUCGAACAUGAGCAAGAAAGACAACGCGAUGAAUAUUGUCGGCCCAGCCGACUUCCAACAGCCUACGCACUUGAUCAUGAACCACGAUGGUCUGGACUGCAAUGAUCCAUCCUUGAUUGCUGCAGAUGUUUUGCACUCUAUUGACUGGGAGUCGCCGCAAUUUCAACAGCUGGCCCGAACUUUCAACGACGGUUUGCUCUUUCCAGUCUUCGAAAACCCUAGCGAUUUCAUGAUGGUUUAA